UUUCUUCCUGUUACUAUCUUAUUUAAGUUUGUAUACCUAUAAUUGUAGUUUGUUAUAAUGAUGAGAUUAUUAGCCUCAAUCGUUUUGGUGUUGGUGCUUGUGGCUGUAAAUGCUGCUGAAAAGAAAAAAAGUCUUCAAAUUGGAGUGAAGCACAAACCAGAAAAUUGUAACAAAGAUGAGACAAGGAAAGCGAAGAAGGGAGAUGUCUUAGAUAUGCACUAUACGGGAACUCUUGAAGAUGGUACAAAAUUUGAUAGUUCUGUUGAUCGCGACCAGCCGUUUACUUUCACACUAGGUGUAGGACAGGUUAUUAAAGGAUGGGACCAAGGACUACUUGGCAUGUGCGAAGGAGAGAAAAGAAAAUUAAAAAUACCGUCCGAUCUUGGGUAUGGUGACCGUGGAUCUCCGAUACCUGGUGGUGCCACGCUCAUAUUUGAGGUUGAACUUCUCAAAAUCAAAGGAAAGUCUGAACUGUAGUUAAUCUAAACUAUGCCAGAGUUGACCAAAUAAAUGUCUGUCUUGUCUUGAAAAAUUCAUCCAUGUCCUAUCAUCAUAAAAAUGAUGCAAUAAAACUGCUGGUCGACUA